CAAUGGAGGAAUCUCUUUCAUUGAAUACUGAUUCUGGUUCGUUUCCCCCCUUCACUGUUCCUCCUGACUCCGAAACCUUCUUCCUCACUCUUCACUCUAACCCCUCUCCGAACUCCGAUAAAGAAACCAACGACUCUGAUGCUGGAGUUUCUGCAACUUCUGGUUUAACUGCCGGCGAUUCACAGGAGGACUCGGGUGGUGAGACUUCGGAGGAGAUGCUGCCGUCACCUAACGGGGAGAGAAUGAUCUUGGAGCCUGACAAGAAUGUGAAUUUGGUGGUGGUGGCUUCGGAGGAGGAAACGGCAUCGUUCGAGCUUGAAGUGAGGAUCACUCCCACAAACGACCCUGACCGUGACGUCCCUGUCGAGACCUCCAACGGCCACAGAGUGAUCAGAAAUUCCCCGGCGACACCUAAAGUUGGAUUGAAGAUUACGAUUAAAAAUGGCUCGAGCAGCAGAAAUAUGAACCCCGGCGAUGCUACGACCUCUACAGCGAAUCAAACCUCUGUUUCUUUUAUUGUCCAUGAAGCUGAUCAAUCGGUGACAGUAAUCAGGAAUCUGGAAAUAAGAGAAUCGCCGGAAGAGAAGGAGAAACCCGAUGCUGUCGAUGGGGGAACACUGGAAUUCCAUAUGCCAUCAUGGGAGCUAGGGAAACUCCGUUCGACUGUAUCGGUAGCCCUUCGGGUUCCUUCGACUCGGGCAAGAAGAACGACUGUUCUUUCAGGGAGGUCGAAAUCAACAGAGAAGAAUGAGCAGAACAGGGGUUCGUCGAUUUCGCUUUCCAAACAAGAGAUUGCAGAUGAUAUGUUUGCGUGGAAAGGGAAGAAGAAGCUAUGUUCAAGGCCCAAGAAGAGAACAAGGACUAUGCAGGAUAUACGACAUCAUUUAUUUCCGUGUUGGUGUUUGGAUUCUGAAACACCCGCUAGAUCUUCCAAGAGAAGAAGAAGGUGAUUCCCGUGUCCUGUUCUUCGCCAUAAUUAAGCUGGUAGAAUGAGAAAAUUGCAAUAAAU